UCCCCUCCCCUCGCUUCAUAGGUCUAUGCUACAAACUCUUUUUCACAUUAUUUUUCUGGCUCCUAAUCUUAUUUCUCUCUCGUCUUUCUGUUAAACAGAUCCAAAGUCCAAGCAACAGAAUAAAAAUAAAAAUAAAAAUGAAUCAAAGCAACGAAGAGGUCGAUCAAACCAGGAAACCUCAAUCAUCAUCAGAUUUAGAAUCUGAAAAGCUCGCGGAGGUCGAGGACAAGUACAAGAACAUCAAUUCUCAUACCUCUGAUUACGCUCCCUACCCAAAGCUAGACCCUAAAGACGUCGCUCCUUCUCCUGAGAAUUGGGCCAACCUAUCCACGGGAUCAACAACACAGUCUAAACCUCCUGGCCCAUCUCCUAUCGCCGGAACCGCUGCCACUACCAUGCCGGCCGAGUCCAAUCCCUACGUGUCUCCUGGUCCCGUUGCUCCUUCUUCCUCCAAGAAUACAGUGGAGGCGGUGAAGGAUGUGUUAGGGAAAUGGGGAAAGAAGGCGGCAGAGGCAACGAAGAAGGCUGAGGAUCUUGCUGGCAACAUGUGGCAACACUUGAAGACAGGCCCUAGUUUUGCUGAUGCUGCUGUGGGGAGAAUUGCUCAGGGAACCAAAGUUCUUGCAGAAGGUGGUUAUGAGAAGAUUUUUCAACAAACUUUCGAGACCGUUCCCGAGGAGAAACUUGUGAAGACAUUUGCAUGCUACCUAUCCACUUCUGCCGGUCCAGUUAUGGGAGUUCUAUAUUUGUCAACAGCAAAGCUUGCGUUCUGCAGUGACAAUCCUUUGUCUUACAAAGUUGGUGAGCAAUCUCAGUGGAGCUAUUAUAAGGUUGUUAUUCCAUUACAUCAGCUGAAGGCUGUCAAUCCAUCCACUAGCAAAGUCAAUUCAGCUGAAAAAUAUAUCCAGAUUAUAUCUGCUGACAACCAUGAAUUUUGGUUCAUGGGUUUUGUAUACUAUGAUAAUGCUGUUCAAAGUCUUCAACAAGCAUUGGAGCACCCCGCUCCAUGAUGUGUAUUGAGCAUUGCAGCACCACUCCUUACGAUGCAAUUAGGCCUGCAAUUUCCAUCAUGUCCCCAAGAAGAACAUUACGCUGCAAUUUGUAGAUAAAAAUUGAUAGUUGUGCAGAAUCUGGAAUACAAUGGGAAACAUAUACAUGCAUGUUGCGUGCGCUUGUGAAAUCGAUGUGGUAUUCCUCUGUCAUCCAAACAUUGAUUGUUAUUUUUAGUUGUGAUAUGAUGCGUGUUGUCAGAUUAAUAGUUAAAUCUAUGAGAAACAAGCUUCGUGAUUCCAUACA